AUGAACAAAGAGUUCGACGAGAAUGACAUGGAGCAAGACUGUGCGACUCGAUCGUGCGGAAAACGAGCGUUGAAAGGAGUCACGGCUCCGUUUCGAAGGAUGUCACGUGCUGUAAUGCUAGCUAACGUCGUCGUGCACUUGGCAGUUGCGACCGGCCGAGAAGUAGUGGGCAUUUUUCUUCAAAGUGGUCGAGGAUAG